GUGUGAUGGAAAGUUCCAGAGCAGAUGGACCUUGUGGUAAGACUGCUAUUCAUUUUUUCCUACCUUGACAUUUUUAAUGCUUUACCCCAAUUUGACCAGCAGAUGGUAGCAAACACCACAAUGACUAAAAUCCAUUAAUGUUAAAUAAUACCAUUAAAGCCAUCAUUUCAGUUAGCAAUAGCAACAUUCGCAUAAAAACUGAAAGAUCCCUCUUCGAUCCCAGGAGUGCUCACAAAUCCUUUUGGGGUUGCGUCGGGAAAUAAACUACCUUCAAUUGCUUCCUUUAGUCACAAUGGUGUCAAGAAGUCGGUGUAAAAAUCUUCCAAAUCAAAUAUGCAGACUUACUCGCUGUGGCGACCCCUUGUGACCAAUGUGACUAAAGGAGCAGCUGAAAGUCGCUUAUUUCAACACAACCGACUAUAAAUUGCCACAGAGAAGAACUGGAGAAGCUCUUUGUACUGUAUUUAAUGGCGUUCAUGUCUCGAUUCUCUCGGUCCCGGAGCAGCUCCAGGUCUCCGAGCCGAAAAGACUCUGAACGUUCCUCCCCGAUUCUGACCGUCUCCGAGCUAGAAAGGCUCCUUUACACGGGCAAAACGGCCUGCAACCAUGCAGACGAAGUGUGGCCACGACUCUAUAUCGGAGACCAGGACAUUGCAUCAGAUCGACGGGAAUUGGCCAAACUUGGCAUUACACAUAUCCUCAACUGCGCACAGACGAAGUGGCGCGGGGGAGCCGAAUAUUAUGCUGGGAUGAACAUCACCUAUCAUGGCAUUGAGGCUCAUGACUCACCAACUUUUGACAUGAGUGUUAACUUCUAUCCUGCUUCCGAGUUCAUUCACAAAGCCCUCACCAGUGGAGGUAAGGUUCUGGUCCACUGUACUGUGGGAGUGAGCCGCUCAGCUACUCUGGUGCUAGCCUACUUGAUGAUCAGACAAAAUCUGACGCUUGUGGAGGCCAUCAAGACAGUAAAAGACCACAGAGGUGUCAUCCCUAACCGAGGUUUCCUCCGCCAGCUGAAUGGCCUGGACAGCAUCCUGAGAGAGAGCCGAAAGACAUCACCGUAGAGCUGAAAAUACUGUCAAGACACACUCCACCUGAGGUAGCAGCCCAUUACACUGGGAGAUAUUCUGGGACCAAACUAGGAGCAACCUGUGAAUUUCUGACUUUGCAUCUCUGAAUGGUAGCCAGUGAUACCACAGAUCAAGUGAUGCCAUUAUUUUCAUAGUCAAUUUGCUCAGUUUGUUUAAUCUUUGUAGUUCCGUAGACUCUGAAACAGCAGCACCAAAUAAUUUUAUAUUCCUUAAGAUAUCAAAGUUUACUGGUACAUUAAGAUUCUAAAAAUUAGAAACUUUUAUUAAUAAUUCCACUAUUUCCUUCAAAGUGUUUUUUUCAAUUUGUAACUGACCUCUGCCUUUCAGAUUCAUUCACGCACAUAAUGGUAGAAAUUUUACAGCAACAUCAGUUGACCUAUGUAAGUUAAGUAGUAAAACCUUACCUUUGACUUAUAGGAUUCAAAAGUUGACUGCGAGUCCAAAAUUGAGGAAACUGCUGCACGGGGUUUGAGUCAGAUGUGAAACAGGAGUUUGGUGUGUAACCUCACUGUCUGAAUUAUGUUAAUUUAGGCUACGUCCACACUAGCCCGGAUAGAUUUGGAAACGGCGUUUUCGUCUGAAAACCCUCCGCGUCCACGCUGUGCGUCCACAUUGAAACAGCC